UAGGGCAGAUAUAAUUUUUUGUUUGUACCUUUUCUGUUGAUAGCGUAGUCUGUUUGAUGCUUUCAAUUUUAUACAUAUGUGUAUAUGAGAAGCUUUUCGUUAGAUUUAUUGUUUAAAAAUGAGGGAAAGCGUACGAAUUUUGCGCAUAUUUUUGUGGAAGAAUUGGCGACAAAUUCGAUACUCGUGGAUAUCUUUACUGAUGAUAUUCGUCGGCUGUUCAGGCAUUUUCAUUGUUUACUUAUUUUCUACAAAUAGGCUUCUGACAACGCCUCAAACGACUUAUGAGGGGAGAUUAUUUUACGAUAUUAAAACGGAAUUUCCCUCUAAUGACGUUGAUCGAAUUUUCUACGCCCCAAACAAUUUGCGAACAAAUAUAUUGAUGGAAGAAGUACGUCAAGAACUGCAGUAUCCACACACUGGUCUCAGGUUCUUUGGUAACUCAAGUGAGAUGAUUCUUGAAAUGGAGCGCAGCUGUAAAGGGAACUGUUAUGCUGUGAACUUCUUAAAUUAUCCGACUGAUGCAUCACGCGAGAAAUUGAAGUAUUCGAUAAGUUCAACAAGUAUAAGAAUAUCACCAAAGAAGCGUUAUGUUAAUGACGAAGAGGUAGCUGGAAUAAAAGAUGAUGAUGACUACAUACGAUCUGGUUUUAUGACCCUUCAACACACAAUUGAUAGAAUGUUUAUAACACUUCAAGACAGUCCCAAAGCAAUUAACUUCGACUUUGAAAUCGCUUCAAUGCCUACAAUUGCGCAAGAAACAAUUGAUUCUCAGCGUAUUAUUUGGUUUGGUUCCUUAUAUUCAGUUAUUUUUAAUGUUUUACUGCUUAGUACGUUUCUUGUACCUCUUGUCGAAGAAAAACAAAAUGGUAUCAAGGAAUUUUUAACAAUUGCAACUCCCAUGAAUUUUUUGAAUGGUGUUAGCUUUUUCGUGAUCAGAUUAUUUAUGUAUGCAGUGUUUACCGUGGUGGUGCUAAUUGCUGGUGGGAUAUAUCAGGCUUUCAGUGAAAUUGUGCCUGUCGGAUAUAUAAUUGUACUAUUUGUGUUCUACAUACUUUCUGCUAUGUCUUACACGUAUCUGAUAUCAGUAUUUUUUCACUCAGUAUUUCAUGCCAAAGUUGGUGGACUUUUAAUGUUGGUUGCGCCAUAUAUUCUAUACUUCUCAAAAGGAGAAGUUUCAACAUUAGCAAACAUAUUUAGCACGAAAACAUUCAUGGAGGGAAUUAAAAAUUUUCAAAUCUUCACCAAUAAGUAUCGUGAAGUUGGCCCCAGUGUACUUAAUAUAAACAUAACAGAAUCAUCAUUUACAGUGAUAUCCGUUUAUUGCAUUUUUAUAGCCCAGUGCUUAAUAUAUGCAAUGUUAUAUAAUUACUUGGCAUAUGUAUUUCCUGGCCCAGGUAGUUUACAAAGGCCAUAUCUCCUUCCUAUCAUGUCAUUAUGGAGAAGAAAUAAACCAAGCACUGAGUAUACAACCAGCAAAAUUGGAACCGAUGCCAUUAUCAUUCAAGACCUUCAUAAAUCGUUUAAAAAACCUAUGCGAAUUAUUUCCGAUGGUCUUAAUAUAGCUAUUAAGAAUAAACAAAUUACUGUACUCCUGGGACAUAAUGGAGUAGGUAAAACGACGACAUUGAAUAUGAUUAUGGGCUCCGAACUUCAAGAUUCGGGUAAAAUAACGGUAUGUGGAGAGCAUGAGGUUGGCUCAUAUCGUCAUUUAAUUGGAUAUUGCCCACAGAAGAGUGUUUUCAUGCCUUAUAUGACUUGCGCUGAACAUUUUAAUUUUUUCGCUCAGAUUAGAGGAAUGUCAAAGCAUGAUGCCGCCAUAAUUACAGAUGAAUUAUUAAUUAAGCUCAAUUUACAAGAUAAGGAAAAAGAAUUCGGAAACUGUUUAUCCGGUGGUAUGAAACGAAGAUUAGCCCUGGGAAUAGCGAUUGCGGGUAAUACAAAAGUCGUAAUUUUAGAUGAGCCGUCCUCUGGAUUAGAUAUCGAAUCACGCCGCGAAUUAUGGGACAUAUUGCUUAAAUUGAGGAAAUCAAAAGCCAUUUUGAUAACUACGCAUCACAUGGAAGAAGCGGAAGUGCUAGGUGACACUAUCGCCAUACUAGCUAAUGGUCGUGUUCACUGCUCUGGGUCACCUUUAGAACUGAAACGCAAAAUUGGUCAAGGAUAUGUACUAAAAUUGUGCAUAAGUACAGAUCAAUUUAAGGAUGAGAUUCUACAAAUAAUUCAGCAACAAAUGCCUGCCUCAAAAAUUUUGACCGUAGUCCUGCCUGCACUGCACAUUAGCUUACCAUACGAAAACCAGAGUGAAUACAGUAAAGUACUGCAACAAUUAGAGCGUAGGCAGAGGGAGUUGGGUAUUAAUUCAAUUUCUAUCUCUGAUGCUUCGUUGGAGGAUGUUUUUCUAAAUUGUUUAUCUGAAAUUGACGUUGUGGAUGGUAUAGGAUCGGAUAAAGAAACUCCUGCGUACACACCGUUUGAGUCACAGAAAUCUCGAAUAAGUUGGAAAGAGCAAUCAGAAGCGAUUUUUUAUAAAAAAUUUAUAUUUAUAAAAAGUCAAUGGGGUAACACUUUGCUAAUGGUUUUACUUCCGAUGCUAAGUCUUGCAAUUGCGUUGGUAUUAAUGCAUUCCAUGUCGCUAGUCACUUAUGAAGACAAGUUGGUUUUAAAUCUGAAUUCCAUACAGCGCGGUAUUAUACUGGUCGACGGUUCCAAUACUGAAAUUUUAAAUAUAUUAAAAACAGAAAUUGAGAAAUAUGAUGGCAUACAAGUCGAAAGUCUGGAAAAGAGGAAUGGAGAAAACAUUACAGAUUUUUUGCUAAAUCUCCAAUAUCAAAAUUUGGCAUAUUUUUUGGAAAACUAUAUCGGUGUUAUUGAUUUAACCACAGAAAGAAAUGACAAUAUUAAUUUCAAUAUUUAUUUCUCUGGCAACAUAUACCACAGUUCUGUUAUUUUACUAAAUUUAGUUGAUGAUACAGUUGCUCGUUGGAAAAUGGGGGAAUCUGCCGGAAUUGAGACCACUUAUGUUCCCAUUAGAAGAUACAUUAGUGAUGUAAGUCCUACGCGAUUGGAAUACUUUGCAGUGAUAAUGCCAAUUGGAUUGUUUUUCAGCAUAUUUUUUUAUAUUGCAUUGCCUUUUCACGAGCACGCAAGUGAAUUCAAGCAGUUACAAGCCAUACCACGAACGAUUUUUUGGCUUGCAACAUUUGUUUUUGAUGCUGCGCAGCAUUUCGUCGUUUGUAUACUUUUGUGCCUUCUGCAAUAUGUACUGAUGCCGAGCGAAUUGUAUAAUUUAUCCGAACAACUUAUUAUCAUUGCGUCUAUUUUUUUCUAUGGCUGCAGUUAUCUUCCAAUUAUAUAUAGUUUGGCAAACGCUUUCCGUUCGAUAUCAACAAUUUCAACUUAUAUGCUUUUUAUGCUCAUUGUGUCAGCAAUUGCACCUUUAAUAACAUCUGGCAACAUACGUGCAAUGGAAUAUAAUGAAGGGAAAAUAUUUAUAUUACUGCAAUUGCCGGACUUCAAUUUAAAUCACCAGUUGCGCAUUAUCAAUGAACGGUUUUUACUUACCCGGCGAAAUGAACUUAUUCCUAUAAUAGGAUUACCGAAAGUACUGAGUGUUAAUUAUUUCUUUCUAGAAUCUACAAUAAUUGCAGUUAUCGUAAUGGUCAUCUUUGUAAGUGUUUUAGAAAACAAAUAUAAAUGUGAACAGAUUAAACGAGUGUUCAAAUGCUAUCAGUGCCGGCAAGUUACUGUGAAUAACACCGAAAAUGUUGAUAUUGAAGAGGAAUUAAUGACGAAUGAAAAAGCGGUAGUUACCGACAUUAUGAAUGAGAAAAAUGAAAAACACUAUCCACUGUUGGUUUAUGAUUUAUAUAAGUUCUUCAAUCACAAAGUCGCAGUACGUGGUUUAAAUUUUAUUGUAAAAAAGCAGGAAUGCUUUGGUUUACUUGGUGUCAACGGUGCAGGAAAAACGUCUACUUUCCAAAUGAUUGCUGCAAAUUUAACUGUUACUGGAGGCACAAUUAAAAUUGAUGGUAUUGAUAUCAUGGAAAAUGAGUCUGAAUAUCGAUACCGUUUUGGUUAUUGUCCACAAACCGACUGUCUAAAUGAAUUUAUGACUGCAUAUCAAACAUUAUUCUAUAUGGCAAAGUUGCGGGGUAUUUCAGAUUCCGCCAAAGCAAAGUAUGAAGUUUUAUAUUGGCUGGAGCAAUUAGAUCUUCAAAAAUAUAAAGAUGUUAAAGUUUGUCGUUAUUCUGGUGGAACAAAGCGUAAAUUAAAUGCAGCUAUUGCAAUGAUCGGCAGCCCUUCGCUUGUUUUGUUAGAUGAACCAACAACAGGUGUGGAUCCAGAGUCUCGUAGAUUUUUGUGGAAAUGUAUAAAAGAUUAUCAAAGUCGUGGCAAUACUGUUGUACUUACAUCACACAGCAUGGAUGAAUGCGAACAGCUGUGCAAUAGACUGGCGAUAAUGGCUGGUGGAAACUUUAAAUGUUCAGGAUAUGUGCCAGACUUAAAAAAACGAUUCGGUGGUGGAUUCACAAUGAAAGUAAAAUUAAAAGCUGAGGAAACUCAUGUAGUUGAAGAUAUAACAACCGAGUUGUGUAAAAUAUUUUCUGAUAGUCAGUUGCGAGAGAAUCACGCUGGGAUUGUUACCUAUUUUAUAAAUAACGUUGAUGAUCUUAAAUGGUCCGAUGUUUUUAAAAAAACGGAAGCCUUCGCAAGUAGAAAGACAGACCUUGUGGUAGAUUAUUCCUUGAACGAGACAACACUUGAAGACAUAUUCUUAAAAUUUGAAAGCAAUAAAAGAAGGUGUAUACCUCAACUAAGCGUAUCAUAUGAGAUUACACCUUAAAGUUUUUAAACUCUCCCCUAAAAGUAAAUCAAAAUUUAAGGGGUCAGUAGGGUAAUAAUUUUUCAAUUUUUUAGAAUUAGAAACCCACUUUACCAUUGGAAGGUUUCGAAAAAUAAUAAUACCGCUCGACGUUCCAAGCGCUCGGAGUGCACACCUCAAACUUUAAACGCGUUUUUCUCAAACACACACUUUUUUAAACUAACGGACAUGAUUCCGGUCGAAAUACUCAACCGAUUUGCUUAAUUUUUUUUAACCUUGCCUAUAGGCAACAUUGUACAUAUAUGCUUCUAAGUCCCGUUAUUUAAAUUUUUUUUACGCGGGUUCUGGUGUAUUGUGUAAGCAUACACACUGUGAAUUUUUCUAUUGUAAGCUAUGCAAGGGUUCAUGCAAUAGGCGUUUUUCGUAGAGUGAAAUUGUCAAGAUCGCGAAAAAGGUCUUUACGCAAAAAGUGUUUAAAAAGAUUAAAAUAGCUGUUUUAUUGUAAAUCCAAUGGUACAACACAAAAAAAUAAAGGUAUAAUAGUUAUAAAAAAUAAAAAUAAGUCAUUGGAAAAGUGUUUAGUUUGUUGACAAUGAUUUUGUAAAAGUGCUGUUGUCUAUAGGGAAUAUCCUGUAACUAAGACACUAGGGACUUUGAGAUUUUUAUCACUUCAUACUUGAGUUAAGACUAACAUAUAUCUGUCCUAAAAAAUGUUUUAGCUCCGCCCAUUUUAAUUCAAGCAAGAGAGGGUUAAAAUGUUCACAAAACGCCUGGCUAUGGUCCCUAUAUUUCUUAUAAUUUAUUGACAAAAUUUAUGUAAAUAAACAUCGGGGAAAAACUAAAAUAAAAAAACGUUAAUUACAUUUUUUCAUGAUUCUAGUAGGGACGAUGACCAUUCACGUACAUCUCAUGCACCCAACAAUUUCUCCGACAGAUGUCAUCAAAAAAUUCCGAAAACAAUCCACGAUAUACUUCAUGAUAUGUGAAAAGAGUUCUAUUGUAGAAUAAAAAUUUCUAUGAAAAAAAAUUUCAAAAAACAUGCCAGAUUACCCUACUGACCCCUUAAUGGCGUGAUCAUAUGUGCAUACAUACAUUUCUGAUUUAAUUACUAUUACUAGGCAUAUAUAUAGUAUCGAAGAAUUUGUUAUCAUAAUCAAAUUAGUUUUAAUCAAGAAACAUAUGUAUAUUGUACAUAUGACGAUUUGCUUUUUGGUCUACUCUGCACUUAACAUUAACGUUGAGACUUCACUAUUGGGAUGUCUAGAUGCAUUAAUGAUUUCAAACAUACAUACAAGACCAAAUAUAUUUGAUUUAAUCAUAUUCUCAUUCAUAUAUUUAACAUAUCUUUCGCAUUGAUGAGUUUUUAUAUUUUGUAUCAUGGACGAAGAUAUUAAGAUUAAGUGUGGUGUAUCUGUAGUCUCAUAAAUUAAGACAUGUAUAUAUUUAUUGGCAUAUGUAUGUAAAGAAUUCGUGAAAAUAAUAAAAGGCAACUCUUAUACAAUUUUGCAUAUGAA